AUGGCUGGAGCAGUCAACACAACCGGCGUUAGCGCUAACACCAGCACCAAGAACGGCAAUGAUGAUGGUAGUAGUAGCACCGAUGGUCGUCAACAAUAUCCAAAAAAUACAUAUAUCAGACAUGUUGGAGGAACAGAAGAUCAAAACACCUUCGAUGUCAAAUUCGAUAAAGAUAAAAUCUACACAACAUUAACGUCUAAAGCAUCCAGUGUCGAUAAAUGGAUAGAUGAUGUCUAUAUCAGUUUCCCCACACAGAUUGAAAACCAGAACCUUGUCGUCGGUCUGGACAUCGAAUGGGUACGGCUACGGAGACAAACCGGUGAGCCUAACAAAGUUGACGUGUUGCAAUUAAGUUUAGCACAUAAGUGUUUGAUAUUUAAGUUCUCUGAUUGUGACGAUGAUAAAGAUCAAGUCCCUUAUUCUCUUGGCAAGUUUCUUGACGACAAGAGAAUUAUAUUCGUCGGGUCAGGGAUUGAUCAAGAUGCGCGUAAGCUUUGGGUUGAUUGGGGGUUGAAUGUUGCUAGAAGUGAAGAACUUGCAGGUUUGGCUGAAUAUAAGCUUGGUGGAGAAGGGAUUUAUAAAGCCGGAUUGAAGGAUUUGAUGCUGGAAGUGCUCGGGCAAGAUCUACCCAAGCCUGUAGGGUUAACCUUGAGUAGAUGGGAUCGUCUUUUAUCGUAUAACCAGAUUAUGUAUGCUUGUUUAGAUGCUUAUGCUUCGUUUAAGCUCGGUAUGGAAUUGCGUCGUCGGAAGAUAGUGCAUAACGGGUUUAACAGGUAUCCCCGAAAGGAAUUGAUUAGGUCUCCCCAAGAAACUAACCAGGGCCAAGGUUGUAAGACACCUAACCAAGGCCAAGGCGCUAGGGGAUCUUACAAAAAAGCCACCACAACAAAUCUGCGUUAA